CCUUCUCUGGACCUUCUCCAGGAAAAAAGCCAUGGCUAAAGGACUAGGGACCCAGCAAGCUGCACCCCGGCGAUGGGCCUGCUUCUUGGCUGCCCUGUCACUGCUGUGUCUGGCUGUCCAAGCAGUCCAGAAGGCAGAUGCCAUCGGGGAUCCCACAGCAGCUACCAUCAAUCAUUCACACUUACUGCUGAAGCGGCUUCAAGAGCUUCUGCUCAACGGGAACACCAGCGAUACCACCCUGAGGGUCCACACGGCUGGCUCUGAUGAAAUUAAAGUCUUUCACACCCAUCAGCUGUUGCUCAGCUUACAAAGCGAGACCUUUGAGACUCUGUUGCAGAACCAGACGGUGCUUGACUUACACGAGCCACCUGACAAUGUGGCCCUUUUUGAAAAGUUCAUCAGGUAUCUGUAUUGUGGUGAGAUCUCCAUAUUCCUCCAUGAAGCCAUCCCACUUCAUCGUCUAGCCAGUAAAUACCACGUGUCCAGUUUGCAGCGAGGGAUCGCUGAGUAUAUGAGGGGCCACUUGGCUAGUGAAUCAAGCCAAGGCCAUGUGGUGGGAUGGUACCAUUACGCAGUGGGGAUUGGUGAUGAAGCUCUGCAGGAGAGCUGCCUUCAGUUUCUGGCCUGGAACUUCUCUGCUGUCAUGAGUAAUCCUGAAUGGGCCUCUGUAAGCCUAGAUUUGCUGCUACUAUUGCUGGAAAGGUCUGACCUAGUCCUCCAGAGUGAAUUGGAGUUGUACGCAGGUGUAGAGAAGUGGAUUACCACAUACCAGCCUGAGGACCCUGUAGUGGAGAAGAUCCUGAGAUCCCUGCGUUAUCCUAUGAUCUCCCCUAGCCAUCUUUUCCACCUGCAGAAACAGUCCCCUGUGAUGGUGAAACACUACAGCACUGUGCAAGAUCUGCUCUUCCAAGCUUUCCAGUUCCAUUCAGCUUCCCCAAUCUAUUUUGCCAAGUACUUUGAUGUCAACUGCAGUAUGUUCCUGCCCCGUAACUACCUCUCCAUCUCUUGGGGGUCCCAGUGGGUCAUUAAUAACCCUGCUCGAGAUGACCGUAGCACCAGUUUCCAGACCCAGCUGGGCCCUAGCAACCAUGAUUCUGCCAAGAGAGUGACAUGGAACGUCCUGUUCUCUCCUCGCUGGCUCCCGGUGAGCCUGCGUCCUGUCUAUUCUGACUCGAUCUCUGGGGCCAUCCAACCUAUCAGAAUCGAGGAUGGACGUCCCCGCCUGGUUAUCACUCCAGCCACAACCAGCUCAGAUUUUGCAGGUGUCAGUUUCCAGAAGACCAUUCUGGUGGGCGUCAGGCAGCAGGGCAAACUCUUUGUCAAACACACCUAUAACUUCCACCAGAGCACAGAUGAAGUUGCCGAUUUCCUGAUAUAUGCCGACUUGCAGAAACGUACCUCUGAAUACCUGAUUGACAACUCUUUGCAUUUGCAUAUCAUUGUAAAGCCUGUCUACCACUCACUCAUCAAGAUCAAAAAGUAGAAGGAAGCUGGGGGAAAGAGACAGCUGGACACAUCACGGGGAGAGAACCGUUGGUUGCAUUGGAUGAUAGCAGCGACUCUACCAUUCAGUAUUAAAGUGUCUGAUGCAGGCUCUUUCUGCAUCUUUAAGUCCUGCUGGAGAAGCUCUGAGAAUUCAUUGUGUAAAACAAGCGUCCUUUGAAUCUGAGGACUUUUAAUCAGCAAUUAAUCAGGGAGUGGAGGGUUGUCUCAUCUGUCUUUCCAUUGUUUUAGAGGUUUUAUCUCCCUUCAGUUGGAAGAGACUCAGGUAGAACUGGAGAUUCUCAUGGUGCUUUUGAAUAGGUAAUUAUCAAAGAUGUUACAUAGAUAUUUUUUUUGAGGGGGGGUCUUUCUCACCUAAUUAGAAGUUGUUUCCCCAUGAGGUUUUGUUCCCUUGAGAUAAUUACAAACUUAUUUCCUGACAGAAAAGCCCCUUUGGAAUUAGAUUGCAAUUGGUGUGUGGUUAUUCUUCUGCCUACCUUCAGAUCUCCCUUGCUUCCUCUAGUACUUUACAUACCAACUGCAGGGAAUUUCCAUGGAGAUAAUGUUACGUGUGAAUUAGGAUGUAGAUCCCUGAAUCAGUUCAAUGUGGUUCUGCAGUAUGGAUUUCUGCUAGUUUUGUAUUGGAAGUGUUAUUGUUACUUGGCCUAUUGUCUCCUUAGUCAUGGAGAUUCUGCAGAUUUUUGCAACCAUAUAAAGUUCCACAAAAAAAUAAAAAUAAAAUAAAUUCCAUUGUUUGUCCUCUGUCUACUGCUACUGUCCAUAGCUUUUUAAACAAAACUUACGGAGUUAUUUUGAGACCGGAACUGUAAGUCUUAUGCGGAAUAGGAAGGGUAAUUAAAUAUUACAAAACUGAUUGAAAAACAGGCCAUAAAAACCAUUAAUUUUUUUUAUACUCUGUGUGAGAGUGUAUGUCAACUAAUGGCCGGACAAUAUCUUUUCAGCCCUGUGCAAAUCAGAAAUGUCUAUCAUAGCUACUUCCAUGAAAAAAAAACACCCUCUAAUGCAGAUUAAGAUUCCCAUCUCCUAAUACCACAUACUCCAAACAAUCUUAAGUAACUAUUGCAAAAAAAAUAGUGGGCACCACAUCGCUUACUCCUGGUUUAAAACUCUUUGUAUAUGCAUAUGCACCAAGACAAAUUCCUUGUGUGUCCAAUCACACUUGGCCAAUAAAAAUUCUAUUCUAUUCUAUUCUAUUCUAUUCUAUUUAAUUGCCAUUUAAAAAUGGCAAAUGUGGCAAGCUCGUCUUCUCACCAUCAUUGCUCCUUCUCUGUAAUAUUCUCCUAAUUAAGAGUACAAGACAACAUGGCUAGAUGAUCCCUGUAGGUGGGGCCUUUUUAAUAUUAAUGAAAAACAAACCAAUCUUUGUAAGUAUAUAUACAUCUUGAUAUUAGAAGAUCUCUUCCAAGACAUUUACUAUUAACUUUACCAAGUGUGAAUCAGCGGUAUAUUUCUUGACUGCUGGUUUUACAGUUGAUAGUCAGUUCUAAAAGGCAGAAGUCAUCCAUUCUUUCAGUGUCUUCAUUGUUGGUUCUAGAGCUAGUUGUUGUAUUUAUUGUAACUUGUUUGAUGUUGUUUUAUAUUUAAUCAUUCUUUCACAAUGUUCCUUGGCUUUCAUUACUAGGGGUCCUAGAGCCUUUGCAUUGUCUACCAUUAGAGUAAUGCUACCAGCACUGUACUUGAAUUUCAAAAUCAUGCUCACCUUCUUCAACCCAGCUUCUCCUAAAAUAUAUUCAACAUGAGUCGACUAUAUAAGGAGAGAAUAUACAGCUUUGUCUGUCUCAAUCUUUAAGGCAGACUUUCAUUACGUUCCAUCCGGACUGUGGCUUCCUGCCCUAUAUAUAAGCUUUACAUGAGAUGUUCUGGGAUUCUUCUUCUCCUAAGGAUACUCCACAGCUUCAUAUAGUCAACACAGCUGAGAA